UACUAAUUUAGCCCGUCAUUUAUUGUUGACGAGCGUUGGGAGAAUUGUCAUGAUUUUCAACAAUAGCACAUACAUGCAUUGGAAUUGGGUGACCUGAGCCUUGAGUGACCUGUAAUUCAACCAAUUUAGCGUCGGUACCAGGAUCGAGUCAAGGUGAAAUGAUGUAUUGCUACCCUCAGUAAUUUUCAUGUUCAGUCGCAUUCUGAAUCCCUGACUUCAAGCUGUACUCAAAGGGGACUGAAAGUAAAACUGAAUAUGUGGAAACGUCUGAUUCUUGCGGUGCUUGUUGCAGCUUUUGUCCGUCAUAUGAUAACUUUCAUAAAGAUUCUAGGUUUAGAGAAAACCAUUUACAAUGUCAAACCGGGGGAAUGCCACUUUGUUCGCGGAAUAGAACAUGGCUCGGAAGAUCUAGAACUUUUAUCAGAUGGCAUCGUCAUUGUAUCAGAGGGUUAUUUGACUUUCAAAGACCGUGUCGAAGGAGCACCAAGAGGUCAUCUAUUUGCUUAUGAUAUCAACAAUCAUAAUAAGGGAGCGAUCGAGUUGAAGAUCAGGGGUGAUUACGAUGUCAACACACUUCACCCACAUGGCAUAACAGCAUUUGAAGAUAAAACCACAGCUAAGACUUUUAUUUUUGUCAUAAACCACCAUGUUGGAUUUGAUGUUGUGGAUAUUUUUGAGUUUGAUCGAAGCACGAUGUCUUUAUCAUUCAUCAAGUCAAAGAGAGAUCCUUUGAUCAGAAGUGUAAACAACUUGAUAGCGACUGGACCUGAAUCGUUUUUCAUUACUAACGAAGCUAACUUCCUUCACCCACGGAUGAGGUUUCUGGAAGAUACACUCUUAUUAAGAUCGGGUUACAUUCUCUUUUGUGACGUCACCGGCUGCAAGCAAGUCUCGGAAUCGUUAAACAAUCCUAAUGGUAUCGAUCUCUCCAGGGAUGGCAGGUUUCUUUACGUUUCCCAGCCGUUUGCAAGACAAAUCCGUAUAUAUGAAAGGAACCUGGCUGAUAAUUCACUUACACCAAACAAGGGGGUUGACGUUAUCAAUCUGGGAACCACAUCAGAUAAUAUUUACGUGGACGAAUCUGGUGAUAUAUGGGCUGGCUGUAUCAAAGUACCAUCCAUGGCUCUUCAUUAUAUGGAUACAAAACAAGGCAUAGUCCCAUCUCAGGUCUUACGAAUUAAAGUUGGAUCCAACGAUUAUGAAAUGUCUGAAGUUUACAGUGAAGAUGGCAGGAAUAUUACCAUGUCAACUAGUGCUAUCUACCAUAGAGGUGUCCUACUCAUUGGAUCAUUGCAUGAACGAAUGAUGCGUUGCCAAGUUACUACACUAAUUUGAUUAGUUUGAAGGGUUAUCCAUCUAUCAACUCUAGAAGAGAGCAGACAAAUAUAGGUCCCGCAAAUGUCCUAUUACAUAAUUAUAUAACCCAAGUCUGUCUUGUGAUUUUGCAUUUAAAAUAUUAAAAAUAGCCAUAUUAUUUCGCUGAAUUAUAAAAAAAAUCUGAUAAUUAUAUUUCCCUUCAAUAAUUUUCUAAUCGCAUAUAAACGAAGUCAAUGUAUGUAUUUUAUAUCUAUUCAAUACAAUCGAUUAUAACAAUAGACAAUCAUGAAAACCAAACGGUUAAUAAUGUCACUUUCAAUCUUGCUCAAAAUUGUUUACCAUUCUUUCAUUAUUCCCCUUUAGUUCUUCUCAUAAUUCCAGAGCUUUCUUAGUAAGUCCAUUGAAUUAUCAAAGGCAGAGAUAAAAGAAAAUUUAGACUCGGAGAUGUUUCGUAACGAAUCAAUCUGGUAAAUGUUUUGCUCUAAAAUGAGUCAAAUUUUCAUCUCAACUAUAAUAUAAAGGGAAUGGGUGCUUAAAUCCCCCAUCAUUUUGAAACCAUGUACGUGCAACGCGAAAGUAAUCAUAAAACUGUAAUUUCAUGUAGGCCUAUGGUCAGCCCCCCCCCCCCCUUACUUUCAAAGGUGUUCCGCGCAGCCCCAGAAAAGAUUUUAAGGACCAGAAGGUGUUUUCGUACUGUAUACAUAAAUGAAUACGUCUUAAUCAUUGUUAUUUUUAUUCAUGUCUAUAUAUUGUUUAGAAUUCAUAUGUGUUAUUGUAUUGUGCACAGCUGUAUUCUUCUAAUUGAAAAAUGUAUUCUUCUGGUUUGAAGGUCUUUCUUAUAACAGCAUUGCUGAUUUUCUAUAAACUUAUAAUAUCAUGAUAAUAAUCAUUAUUAAGCGGUGGCGUACAGUUGGUCACGGCACGCUAUUUUGAUCAGUGAGAUACAUAUAAUGUACAUUAUCAUGUAAUAUAAUAUUAUAUACAGCAUCUAAUAUGAUAUAUAUAAUAUAUCAUAAUUAUUAUAAUAUGAUGAUCAUUAUAAUAUGAUAUUAUAUACAAUAUAAUACCCAAGUCCUUCAGAAGCGCAUAGAGACAUUAUUCAUAAUGUGAUAAGCGCUCGCUAUACAAGAACUGUAUAUUAUAAUUAUCGUUACAAUCA